ACUCAUUGGUCGCAGCUGGGCCAUGGUGUUUGCUGCUGGAGGCUUCAAAGUGAAACUUUAUGAUAUUGCACAACAACAGCUAACAAGUGCACUGGAAAACAUUCGCAAACAAAUGAAAGAGCUGGAAGAGUCGGGAUUCCUGAAAGGAACUUUGAGUGCGGAGCAGCAGUUGGCUCUCAUUAGCAUCUGUACAGACCUGAAGGCAGCAGUAGAGGGUGCUACUUUCAUUCAGGAAUGUACUCCGGAGAACCUGGAACUGAAAGAGAAGAUUUUCGGUCAGUUAGAUCUUAUUGUUGGUGACAAAGUUAUCUUGAGCAGCUCGACCUCUUGUCUCUUACCCAGCAAAUUGUUCACUGGCCUUAAACAUGUUAAGCAGUGUAUUGUGUCACAUCCUGUAAAUCCGCCUUACUUUGUGCCAUUGGUUGAAAUUGUUCCUCAUCCAGAAACAGAUCCUUCUACUACAGAGAGAACAUAUGCCCUGAUGAAGAAGAUUGGUCAGUCUCCUGUCAAACUAAACAGAGAAAUUGAGGGGUUUGUUCUGAAUCGGCUCCAGUAUGCAGUGAUAAGUGAAGCCUGGAGACUUGUGGGUGACGGAGUAGUAUCUCCUACUGAUCUAGACCUUGUGAUGUCUGAUGGAUUGGGAAUGCGAUACGCAUUUAUUGGACCUCUGGAAACCAUGCAUCUUAAUGCAGAAGGUAUUUCAAAUUAUUGUGAAAGAUACCGUGAAGGUAUGAGACGUGUUCUGAACACCUUUGGACCAGUUCCAGAAUUUUCAGGUGAAAUUGAGCAGAAAAUCAGUCAGGCAAUGUCUGAAAAAAUUCCAGUUGUUCCAAAAGUCCUGGAUGCCAGGAGAAAAUGGAGAGAUGAAUGUCUCACUGGUCUUGCCAAACUGAAAAAAAAAAUGAAAUCUGACUGACGUGCACCUUGUCUAACAGGAGAGAAGAUUUUAUGAAGAGCAGAUCUUCAUAAAAAGUGGAAAUUUUUGGUCAUGCAGAAGAGGAGACUGAAUGUGCAACCAAUGAUAUGCACAAAUGUAGAGACCAAUGAAACAUUUGGUCCAAAUUUGUCGUGACGUAAUUCAUUAAUAACUGGAAACAGUUAUUUAAAAGUUCAGUUAAAAUUUAUCAAAUUAUAUAUAUGCAUUAGAUGUGUAAGCAUUAAGUAGCUUUAGCAAUAUUAAUAUUGUGCAAUGCUGGAACGCAAUCACGUUUUAAAUAAUGCAUUUUUCAGCUUGCUUAGGAAUUCAGCGCUUGAACAAUAUUUGCUUAUGCAGGGAUCUGAAAUAGGCAAACAUCAGCUGUUUGUCACUGGAGAAAAUAAGCCUUCACCCACCAAUCACUGUGACAGCGAGGUUAAUUUGUGAAGCACUGACUGUAGAUAGGAGAAGAUUGUGUUGAACAAAGAGUAGAUUCACUGGCUGGGGGGCAUGGAUCUCAACAGCCGUAAGGGUCACUUCAACUUAGCUCUGUAACUGUUCCACAAUGUAGGGGAAAGAAUUAUUCCUCUUUUCCCUCCCUUUGGCACUUCUGUACCUGUAUGAUGAUCUAAGUGUGAGUAAAUAGAGCAGAAUUCCCUCCUCAUCCCCUACCCCUGGUUCUGUAAGACUUACCGGAGACCUACUUGGUCUUUAAUACCAUGCACUUGAUACCCCAUGGCUUUGCCCCUAGCUUAAGUCAGAUGUUUGAUGCUGGCCAUUGGCAUUGCUGCAUAAACAUGUACCCCAUUUUAAGACUUGUCUGUGAGAAAUAAGAGAUUUUGAUUUAACAGCUAGUUUGGGAGACAGUAUGGUGCAGUGGAUCAGUCUGGACUUUCUCCCAGGCUACUCCAUGACCGUCUGAGUGAUCCUGGGAAGCCAGUUCACCUCUCUGUUGCCAUGUCUAUUUUGUACAUUAUUUGAAGCAAGGAGUGCUUCUUUAGGACUCAGCUGUACUGAAUUUAACAGCUGUAGCUGAAGGGACCCCAGGUAUCUGCUAUUUUGCUCCCCCACAGAGGGAAAGAUGCAGUGGCUUAGGUGUAGCAUUUACGCUUUACUGCUGCCCUUCCUACAGGAGACACAACAUCUCCUCCACAUACAAAGGUGCAGUGUACACCUGGAAGCAGUAAUAUCCUCAAGUUGCUGCAGUGGCGUGUUUUGGUCCACAGCAGACGAAGUGUUAUUAUGAAUGUAUGUACCCUGUAAUAUAGUUGGACUUUGAUCUUAGCUGGAACCUUGGGACAGUAUUGUUAUGCAGAUAGUAAGAAUAACUUGAAAAAGUGCAUUGCACCAACACUGCUUGAGUUAAGCAUUUCUGAAUUUGUGCUAACUGGUCAUGUAACUUCAGUCACUGCACAGAUGCAGUAGUGUUAAGCUGCCAUUUUGCUAAUGCUCAGCUCACGGACAUUUCAAAUCUUGUUUUUUUACAGAGGGUGCAGCACACAAACAAGUUACUGAAACUUAAUUAGUUGCCAUUUUGAGCUGAACAGCAGAAAUGUCUGUGUGAACAUACCAAUACCACUUAGUUCUGCUUAGGUCACAGUAAAAGAGACCUGAGAUAAAUUGUAUUGCUUGACAUAAGCGGUGGGCCAGGAACACAUCUCUAGAUGUGAAACAUGGGGUGGGAGGCAUAAUGCUGAGGUUGUCCUGUGCUCCUUUAUAAUCAGCAGAGAGAAAGGAAAAUUUGUAAGCUCAAUUUAUUUUAUCCCAAUAUAGACUUAAAACUGUCAGGUUUCUACUAUUGUUUUUUAUUGCCACAGCAACUGGCUCAACCUGCAUUUAGACAUCUGGAAUUGGGGAGGUCAGUCCUCACUCCUGAUGCCUUAUUAAGCAACAGUAAAGUAAUAAUGGGGCUGAUUUCCUCAUUUUGUGUAUGUUUUUGUAUUUCAGACAAGGCCACAGAAGGUUCCAAUUAUUUUCAAGGUUAGACCUGUUUUCUAUGAGCAUAUGACAUUGUCAUAACUAAUUAGCUCGCAUUGCUUCUGUUUAUUCUGAAAUAUUUUAAAACUCGAUCAUGUCAUCAAAUAUUUACCUCCAUCUUUAUUAUUUGCUUAUUAAUAAAAUAUUUUAAUGAAGAAGAUAU